AUGAAAGAAGGCAAUUCAUCAGAUGUACUCGGUGAUGAGCAGUUUAAGAAAAUAUUUAAAGAAGCUGGAUGGCCUGUGAGAUAUGGAAGUGCUAUUGUGAUAACUAGUGGUGUUAUAACUGGAAAUAUUUUCAAUAAUCACUACAGAACAAUCUGUCGAAUGGGUAAAGCUUUUCGGAUGACAACAUUGAUACCUGUUGCUCUGUUUUGCCCUUUAUUUGGAGGAAUACUUCAUGCUGCUGAAGUAAACAAACUUAUUUUAAAGAAAAAACUUAAAUUGGAAUGUCCUGUUUGUUAUGAACUAAAAUCUGGUUUUGUUCAACUUAUAGCUGGUGGAAUAUAUCCACUAUUAACAGCGUUUGUUUGCUGCACUGGUUUAACCAAAAAACACAAGCCAAGUAAUCUACAGAAAAUUGGAAUGUUUGACACCACUUCAAAAUUAUCACAAUUUAAUAUGGUCUUACCUAAAAGAUUAGCCCUGUCUUUGUUUCUGUUUAAUUUUGUUAUUGGUGCUAUAAUUGCUCAGUUGGAAUUAAGGUCUUUAUUAGAUCAGAUGAAAGAAGAAGGAAAUCAGACAGACUGAAAGAAUUUUGAGUUGGUUUUAACAAUAUUUGGAUUAUGAAAACAUUCAUAGGAAUUAGGAACUGUAAAGAUUAUUGAAAACUGAGGAGGAGUUUUUUUGAUUUUGUGAAUACUCAAAGACCCUAAAGUGAAGUGACUGUAUGCCAAUGUUUAUGAUCACAAAGUAUCAAAUGUAUGAAGAUAAUGGUAAUGUUGUUUAUAUGUUUUAGAGUAAAGAAAAAGUUUCACAAUGCUCUUUAUUAAAUUCUAUAAAUUUAAAUAUUUUGUUAACAUGGCAUGAGAAUGAAAUGCUAUGCAAUGUAUUAAUAAAUUCUGUGUAAUCGAAAUAAUUAUUUUGUGCCAAAU